UAGUCCCGUGACAGUGUGAGCGGAAACCAAGACUUCGUCUGUUUUGUAGUUUUUUCCCGUCCCUAUGCUCUGAAAACAUCAUAACUAUAACGUAAGAACUCCAGAAAAGAUGACAUCCACUUUGCUCAGAUGUUGUGGAGUGAUCUUUCUUGUUCACCUGUGCCUCAGUAUUGCCAAAGAGUUCUCAACCUUAGCCCACAUCCGCACCAAAGUUGACGAUGCCACACAACAACAGACAGUGGAAGACAUGAUCUUCAGAACUGUUGGGGACAGGUUCAGUGGCUUCAGUGUCACAGUGGACUCUUCCUUUAUGCCUAUGGGUAAUGAAGCAUUCCAGCUGGAUACUGUUGGGGGUAAGAUAGUCAUCCGGGGUACAACAGGCGUCGCAGCUGCACACGGCUUCAACCACUACCUGAAGUACUACGCCAGGUGCCAGGUGUCCUGGACUGUCCAACAGGUGAACCUGCCAGGUGUCCUGCCACCUGUUAGCCCAGCUGUCACCAUAGCUACCGCCAACAGGUAUCGUUACUACCAGAACGUGUGUACAGUGAGUUACUCCUUUGUCUGGUGGGACUGGCCGCGCUGGGAGCGACAUCUGGACUGGAUGGCACUCAGCGGUAUCAACCUCCCUCUGGCCUUCAAUGGACAGGAGGCCAUCUGGCAGAGGGUCUACCUCAGUCUUGGCUUCACUCAGAAAGACCUGGAUGAGCAUUUUGGUGGCCCAGCAUUUCUGGCAUGGGCACGUAUGGGGAAUAUCCGAGGGUGGGGCGGCCCCCUGUCUCAGUCCUGGCACCAGAACCAGCUGGCACUACAGCACAGGAUCCUAGCCAGGAUGAGAAACUUCGGUAUGAUACCCGUCCUACCGGGCUUUGCUGGACACGUGCCGGCAGCUAUAACAAGACUCUAUCCCAAGGCAGCUGUAUCCAGACUUCAGUGGGGGAGGUUUACAGACCCAUACUGUUGCACAUACUUGCUUGAUCCUCAAGAUCCACUGUUUUCUCACAUAGGAGGGAUGUUUAUUUCUGAGAUGAUUAAAGAAUUCAAUGGGACCAACCACAUCUACAAUGCAGACACGUUUAAUGAGAUGCGGCCGAAAUCAAGUGACCCAGACUACCUUGCAAAAGCUGGUGCUGCAGUGUAUGCUGGGAUGUUAGCAGGAGACCCUCAAGCUAUAUGGCUGAUGCAGGGCUGGUUAUUUCAAGACAGAGAUUACUGGCAGCCAGCUCAGACCAAGGCUCUACUGCAUUCUGUUGCACAGGGUAAGAUGAUUGUGUUGGACUUGUUUGGUGAAGUUCAGCCUUUCUACAACACGACUGACUCCUUCUACGGUCAACCCUUCAUCUGGUGUAUGCUGCAUAACUUUGGGGGCAACCUGGGCAUGUAUGGAACAGUCAAGUCCGUUAACCAGGGCCCGUUUCUUGCGCAGAAGUACCUUGGCAGUACAAUGGUUGGAACAGGACUGACACCAGAAGGCAUCGACCAGAACUAUGUCAUGUAUGAACUCAUGAACGAAGUGGCAUGGAUGCCACAGCCUUUCCAAAUCUUGGAUAACUGGGCAUCUGACUAUGCGUGGUCACGGUAUGGGGUAAAGAACUCCAAUGUUUCAAAGGCGUGGCAGAUCCUUUUGAGGAGUGUGUACGACUGUGAAAACGGAUUCAAAGACCACUGUGACUCUGUUGUUGUGAAACGCCCUCAACUCCACAAAACACAAAGGUCCUGGUACAAACCAGAAGAUGUAUUUUCUGCAUGGGACCACUUUGUCAGCGCUUCUGAUGAUCUGGGUUUGAUAGAUUCGUUCAGAUAUGAUCUUGUGGACAUCACUCGACAAGCCUUACAAGAAUGGGCCUAUAUCUACUACCAAGACCUCAUGCAGACUUACACGUCUGGGGACCUUACCAAAUUCAGGGAUGCAGCUGAAAUGUUUCAACAAACACUUAGUGAUAUGGACAAGAUCUUGUCAACUCACCAGAACUUUCUUCUGGGUCGUUGGAUUGAAGAUGCAAAAGCAUUGGCCACGAAUGAUCAGGAAAGAUCACUUUACGAGUUUAAUGCCAGGAACCAGCUUACACUUUGGGGUCCAAAUGGAGAGAUUGUAGACUAUGCCAACAAACAAUGGUCUGGACUGGUCGCUGACUACUACUCGGAGCGGUGGUCACUCAUGACUAAAACUUUGACAACAGCCUUGAUGGAGGGAAAGAAGUUUAACCACACAGCCUUCCAGGAGGAUGUGUUCCAACAAGUGGAACAGCCUUUUACACUGGCAAACAAAACAUAUCCUUACUAUCCAACAGGCGACACCUUGCAAGUUGCAAAAGAAGUGCACCAAAAGUACAGACCAAGAAGUUCGUGACUGAUGCUGCCGACCAUUGUUUAGCUCAGUUUAGUUUAUUGAACUUCAUGGUGGUUUAGCCUGGGGAAAUAAAGCUUUUCCACCAGUAAUUGCUAUUGUAUGAACUUUAUGAUAUCUGCUGGCAGAACAUGAUUUGGAACAUUACACUUUUGCAUAUGUAGCAUUAUAUCAAGACUAUAGCCAUAUCUACUGUAAAAAUGUUAAUGAUUAUGUCUGUGCCAAAUUUAAGUUGCAACAGAUUGCAAUAAAGGGAUCCUCUGAGAUGCUAGCUGACCAAGCACCGUCAAUUUUCAUUUGAAAUGCGGCAAGACUGGAGUCAACCAAGUCAUGUCCACUCCACUAUACGGUUUACAUGUAUGUCAGCCCCUGUCACACAUACAUUGUAGCUGAAUCUAGGCUCCCAAGUAAUGCCGAACUUGCCCCAACCAUGCUUGGGAGUAGGUCGGAAGUAAGGUCGGCUGUGGUUGGCUGGUGUUCGGUGAGGUUGGCAACUGUUCAAAAUGUUUUACAUAGGUACGUGUUUUCGCAAACUUCUUAAGCCUUAAGAUUGAUUGUACAAUAUCUCCCCCACAAAUGAUCUAAACUUUAAACAAUCAUCUUACUUUAAGAAGCAAUCAUCUUUAUAUUUACAAGUUCGAGUAACUGUAAGCCCUGAGAUAAGCCAGGAACUGUGUUAUCUUUACAUAAUGCAUGUUUUUGUUUACAAACUUCAUAUUAAAUCAAACGUAUGGAGUCGUGUUUAUGAUAUUUCUGUGUAAUUCUUUAAUAACUUAUUACCUUUUUGCAAAGCCAUGCCUGAGGGAAAUUGCAAUCAAAACAAAAAGUGGUAUGCAAUAUGGGUAUAUGUAUCACUGAGACAAAAGAUAGUCUUAAAUACUGUAAGUUCAUUAAUUUUACUGGGAACUUUAUCCACAUAUUUUUCUUUGCCGCCCUGAAAUUGGAAUGGAUGCCUUUAACUCCCCCCUACUGAGUUAACCUUUUGGCACCCAAUUUUUAUUACUUACAGGGUACGACAGCAGCCUAAAGGUUAAGAAUUCUAGCUCUCCCUCUAGCUUGUUU